ACUACAACCAAAAGUUUUACAAACCACAAGACUACAAGAGAAGCUCGCCAUGAAGUUGUUGACGUUUUUAGCCCUAGUAGUGACGGACAUUCUUCUCUGUCAAGGAAAAGUGGACAACGCAUGUGGAUGUGAAAGUGACCUGCUCGUGAGUCUGAACGCAAAUUCAAUCUCGAAAUCAUGGAGGCUCGCCUUUCGUGGGACGGCUAACAUUGGAAUUCCCGUCCUCCCUGCUUAUAUGAACGGUACUGGCAUUCUAGAGAACGUUGACCCCCACUGUAAAAUGGUGAAGAAACCUUGGAACUGUGCCAGCCACUACAGGAACAAUGAAGUGUUUGACAACUGGAAUACUGUUAGUGAGGUCGCUUUCGUCGUCUACUCAAACUACACCGUCGUCAAAGAAAUUUUGUUCGACGCCGUGGGUUCAACUUACAUGAACUGGUUCGACAAGUCCAGGGUCAAGUUUUCAUCCUGGGACAGCCUCAACACAGCUACUACUAAUUUCUUUUCCAUCAAAGGAGAGACUCAGUUUAAUGAUACGGUAUCGAGAACAUUUUAUAUCAACAGAAACUACGGCGGUUGUCCAGCAGACGCGGGCUGGUUUGUGGUCAUUGACAGGGCCAACGGAAAAUGCGGUUGGGAGAAAUUUACCACAUUUCCGGUCUUCAAAUACGCCGACAGCUAUAACGAGGAGAAUUGGACCAAUGGGAAAGUUGCUUAUGCUGACGUCAUGGCCGUCUAUGUUAACUGCUAGACCCAGUGAGGUGCUUCCAUUGAUAUCAAGAACCUGACCAA